AUGGCUGGCCAACGCCAGCCCAGUGCCGAACCUACCUCGGGCCAGAACUUCGACGAGGAAUGGGCCCGAGAUUUGAGGAUACGGUUUGAAUCUCUUCUGCGUGACAAGCGCAUGAAUGAGUUGCGAUCACAGCCUCGUCGCUUCGGCUCCCCGGUCCCCGCGAUUCAGGAGCCUAAUGAUAAGCCUAUCUCUGACCCCGACCAAGUACGAAAAUCCAGGCCUUCUAGACGAGGCCCUGCAAAUCAUCCCCUCGACAGGAUAUACUCGGAGGCAGAGGAGGAGACGCAAGUCUUGCAAGCUCAAGCCGCCAGUCUGGGCCAGACCGAGCCUGAAUGGGGUCACCAGGACUGUGUUAUUCGAGCACUUCUCAGGUGGUUCAAGCGAACCUUUUUCACCUGGGUGAACAACCCUCCUUGUCCAGUCUGCAUGUCCCCAACGAUCGCCCAUGGCAUGGCCGCCCCAACACCCGAUGAGAGUGCCUGCGGUGCACUCCGAGUCGAGCUGUAUCGUUGUUCUGCUGCCGACUGUGGUGCUUUUGAACGAUUUCCUCGAUACGGCGAUGUGUGGAGGCUACUUCAAACGAGGCGUGGCCGCGUGGGUGAAUGGGCCAACUGCUUCAGCAUGCUCUGCCGUGCUGUUGGUGGCCGUGUUCGCUGGGUCUGGAAUGCAGAGGACCACGUGUGGACUGAGGUCUAUUCCGAGCACAAGAAACGAUGGGUGCACGUCGACCCCGUUGAAGAGAUCUGGGACAACCCUAGGCUCUAUACCGAGGGUUGGGGCAAGAAGAUGUCGUACUGCAUCGCCUUCUCAAUAGACGGCGCCACCGACGUAACUCGACGAUAUGUCCGGAAAACCGAGUACGCUAUUGCUCGAAACCGAUGCCCCGAAGAGGUCAUGCUUUUCAUUACUCAAGAAAUCCGCAAUAUUCGUCGCGCCAACAUGAGCAAGGAAGAAAGGUACCGACUCCAAAAGGAAGACGCCGCGGAGGAUGCUGAACUUCGAGGGUUCGUCGUUGCAUCCAUCGCCAUGGCUGUCACCAACUUGGUGCCCGUCAUGCCCAACCAGUCUGGCGCGAGUGGAAACCCCAGCAGCUCUGGAGACGACACCAAGCGGCCGGCGGAGCAACCCGCCCAGGCGGGCAACGGCAUGCAGUGGAUAUCGCCCAACCAAGACACAAGAGGCCAACAACAAUAUCCGGGUUACCCACCACAAGAUCCGUCAGCUCGACGAGACCUCCCAUAG